AUGUCAAGUACUUCAGAUAUUGAAAGAAUCUCCCUGGGAGAAUCAGGAAAGCAACCACAACUUAGUCAUGAUACUGAAUUUUCAAAAGGCAAAGAAGAUAGAAAAAUUGACGUUAUUUCCUUGGAAUCUGGAGGAACUGAUGAAGAAACUCUCAAUGAUCCUAAUCCGUUCUUAGAGCCUAAAAUAGCUGAGUAUUAUAGACAGAUUUAUGAAGAUUCACAAUAUGAAUGUAGAGGAGAAUUUGAUCCUUACUUCAAAUGGACUCCUGAAGAAGAGAAAAAAUUAGUUAGAAAAUUAGAUUAUAGAGUAGCUUUAACCUCAUGUAUUUUAUUCGUUGCUUUACAAGUUGAUAGAGGUAAUAUCAGUCAAGCAGUUUCUGAUAAUAUGUUGGAUGACUUAAAUAUGACAACCAAUGAUUACAAUUUGGGUAAUACGUUAUUUUACGUAUCAUUCUUAGCAGCUGAAAUCCCUAUGUCGUUAGUUUCGAAGAAAAUGGGUCCUGAUGUUUUCAUUCCUUUACAAAUCCUUGGUUUUAGUCUUGUUGCUGCUGCCCAAUUUUGGUUGGUAGAUAAAACUGGCUUUUUAAUCUGUAGGGUUUUGUUAGGGUUCCUUGAAGGAUCAUUAAUUGCAGAUUUGGUUAUUUGGUUAUCAUAUUUUUAUAAAUCUAAAGAGUUACCUAUUAGAUUAUCUUGGUUCUGGACAACAUUAUCAUUAGUUACUAUAAGUACUUCGUUAUUGGCGUUUGGAUUAUUGAGAUUAAGAGGUUUACAUGGUAGAGCUGGUUGGAGGUGGUUAUUUUUAAUCGAAGGAUUAUUCACCUUCUGUAUUGGAAUUGCUUCAUUCUAUUUAAUGGUACCUUCAGCUGUACAAACCAAAAAUUGGUUACAUCCUAAAGGUUGGUUCAACGAUAGAGAAGUGAAAAUUGUUGUUAACAGAGUCUUAAGAGAUGAUCCAUCUAAAGGUGAUAUGCACAACAGACAAGCUGUUAGUUUCAGGGGAUUCUGGAAAUCAAUCCUUGAUUAUGAUUUAUGGCCAAUUUAUAUAAUCGGAGUUACAGCUUAUUGUUCUAUGAACACCACUCAACCAUAUUUAACUUUGACUUUGAAACAAAUUGGAUUUUCAACUUUCAAUGUGAACUUGUUAACUAUUCCAGCCACAGUGAUUCAUAUAAUUCUUUUACUUAUCAUUACUUGGGUGUCCGAAAGAAUCAAUGAAAGAGCAUUACUUUCGUUAGUUGUACCGUUAUGGAAUAUUCCAAUUCUUGCAGCAUUGGCCUUCUGGAAAGGUACCAAUGUUAAUGUCUGGGGUACAUUUAUGUUAUAUACUUUGAUUGUAGGUCAACCAUAUAUCCAUGCAAUUUGUGUUUCAUGGUGUUCAAGAAAUUCCAACAGUAUCAGAUCCAGAUCAUUAUCAGCAGCUAUUUAUAAUAUUUUCGUUCAAAUUGGUAGUAUUUAUAGUAACAACAUUUAUAGAACUGAUGAUGCUCCACUUUAUAGAAGAGCUAACAAGACCUUAUUCGGAUUGACUUUCCUUUUAAUUCCAAUCUUCGUUGGAACCAAAUUUUAUUAUAUUUGGAGAAAUAACAGUAAAGCUAAAAUCUGGGAUGCUAUGACCAUUGAAGAGAAAGAACAAUAUCUCCAUGAUAAUAAGGAUCUUGGUAACAAGAGAUUAGAUUUCAGAUUCGCACAUUAA